GGCGACAUUUCCUGCCCCCGGGGGCAGGGGUGAGAGGAGAGAUGAGUUGCUGAGUGUGCACACCUUUGAGAGCCCAUACACACAGCCUGCUCUGGGGGCUCCUUUCCUAAGCUGCCCCCAUGGAGUUCCCCCUGGCCCAGAUAUGCCCCCAAGGGAGUCCAGAAGCCCCCGCCUUGAACUUCAGCACCUUCCUGCCCGUGGACUUGAAUCCCAGGAGCUGCCAGGACCUGAACUUGCUUCCGGGACCCAGACUCCAGGCUCCAAAGGCUGAGGAGGCUCAGUCCACCCCCAGGGCCCUGGCUGUCCACGCUGUGGCACCUCCCCAGACCCUGGGGGCUGCCUUCAGCCCAAAGGACGUUGGGAAGGCUGAGGAGGUACCUAAGGAAGGAGGCCUGUCCCUGCAGGCUGAGACUCAAGCUUGGUUCCAGAAGACCCAGGCCCGUGAGCUCCUGCAGCACGGGGCAGCCCCCGCCUGGUUCCACGGCUUCAUCACCCGGAGAGAGGCCGAGAGGCUGCUGGAGACAAAGCCUCAGGGAUGCUACUUGGUGCGUUUCAGCGAGAGCGCUGUGACCUUUGUGCUGACUUACAGGGGCCGGACUUGCUGCCGCCACUUCCUGCUGGCCCAGCUCCGGGACGGGCGCCACGUGGUGCUGGGCGAGGACAGCGCCCACGCGCGGCUGCAGGACCUGCUGCGGCACUACACGGCGUGCCCGCUCAGCCCCUACCGGGAGAAGCUCACCGAGCCCCUUGCCCGUCAGACUCCUGAGCCCGCGGGACUGUCCCUAAAGACUGAAGAAUCAGACUCUGGAAGUAAAAGCCAGAACUCACAACCUCAGUAUAGCCCAAUCCUCAAAAAGGAGCAGAGCGCAUCCGCCACGCAGAAGGAAGGGGCUAGGGAGCCACAGGAGCCGUCCAGGCCCAGGCCUCCCGUGCCCGCCAAACUUCAGCUGCCCUAUGAAGUCUACACAAGCUCCGCUUCGAGACCCCGCCCAACCCCGCCCCCUAAGCCCUCCAUCCCCAUCUACCACGAACCUGAUGAACCCAUAGACUUCUAUGCCAUGGGCCGUGGCAGCCCCGGGGAAACCCCCAGCAACAUUUAUGCCGAGGUGGAGGUGAAAGUGCCUGAUUCAGGGGGUGAGAGCCUGCCGCGCAUCCUCAGGCACGAAAUCCUACGGAAGUGCAAGUCCAGACCCGUCCCAGAAAGCCAGAAUCCAAGUGGCCAGCAACUGUAUUCUGAGAACUUUGCGGCUGAACAAGGCCUUUCCAUGCCCCACCAGCCCCUACCCCGCUGGGGGCACACCCUCCCCCACAACUUUUCUAGACAGGUGCUUCAGGACAGAGGACAGGCCUGGCUCCCCCCGGGGCCUUCUCAGUAGCUUGUGAGUCUGAGCUGGCGGAGGAUAACUUGGAACAGUGGAUCGAGAGACCUUCACACACACCCAGGCGCCCUCCUCAGGAAAUGCGGAUGGAACAAACUGCAGGUGAUCAAAGCUGGCAAGGACCUCAACCAUCAUCUAUUGCAAAGAUGGCAAAAAGGUGUCACCUUGCAUGCCAACUCCGAUCCAUUGGUUGUGGCUUCCUAGAGCGCUGCGCUGGAAAGGAUGUUAAGGUCAUACUUGAACUCAGCAGAAAAGAACACCUGAUACACUGUGAUUGAUUAGCGAUAUCUGCCAUGGGUGAGAGAAGGAGGAAGAGAAGCAUCUACUUUGCCCUUACUGAUUAAGUCCAACCCCCUCACUGUGCAGAUAAGGAAACAACCAGAGAGGGAUAGUGGCUUAGCCAAGGUCAAGGACUAGAACCCAAGCUUCCUGAUUCCUCUGUAUAGUCCUCUGUUCCAUACCCCACAUCCACAGGAAUGUCAGGGAUUUCCUCAGAUAAGAAAUCUGGCUGCUGUCCAGAGUUCCACCUCAUGGGGGCCUGGGUGCUGGUUCCCAUCCUCCAGAUCUCAGCUUAGACCUGUUCCCCUGACUGGUCUGGGACCCCACAAAGAGCCUGGAGGUCAGAGGAGCAAAUGUGGAGUCAGCUUCCUUUUAGGGACACACCCACUGGCUCUCUCCCAAGAGUCAUUAUGAAUCCAAUGGCUCAGUGCUUGGCCAUCUUCUAAAACAGUGGGCUAGGAGGGCCCUGCUGCAUCCCACUGCCCUGGUUUCUCCUCCUGGAGUCUGAUUUCCUUGGCCCUCUGAGCCUUUGAGUCUGGGCCCUGUUCCAAAGCUGCUGUUGUCUGAGGAAUGGUUUGGCGAGAACAGAUGUUAGAACUUGUUUGUUGAUUCUUGUCUGGCUAAUAAAUCAUCGUCAACCACCUC